ACUCCAAACAGGAUGUGCAGCUUCUUGGACGUGUCAGCCCUGCGCCUGAGCUUCACUCUGUGCUGUUCAAAGAGGCUCAUCUCUGGAGGACACGUGGACACAUCUGUCAUCACGUGAGAGAUGGAUUGAAGCAAAUACAGCAUGUAGUUCUGUGAUUGGUCACUGAGCUGAAGAUGUGUGAGCGGGGGGCGGAGCCUGAGCAGCAGGGCUACUGUGGUUUAUGUCGUGUUCUGUACCAAGACCUGGACCAGCACCUGUCCAGUCCCCAGCACCUGGACGCAGAGAAUCUGUUCACCAGAGGAGCCGACGCUUCCUCCUCAAACCGCAGCAGCCAAUCAACACACAGCCUGCUGGAGCGCUUUCUCCAUGAUGUCAUCACGCACCACCCACAUAGUUAUGGGAGAAGUCCCUCUGACCUGGGAAACCAGCAUUCGCUGCAGCAGCAGGAAGGACUACCCCCUCAGACAUGUCAGACACCAGCCCCCACCCCACAGAUCACAUGGUCGGCAUGGCAGCGAAACAGGAGGUGGCAGCAAAGAGGCGAUUUCAGCUCAGAGCACAGCAGCUCCACCAUUGAACAGGUUAUCAGACGCUACUGUUAUGGCCAGGACGAUGACAACAGGUCAAGCAGUGUGCAUUUCAGUCUCCCCAACUCCAUAGAAACACAAACUGAAUGGGACAUCGACAUGGACAGCCCUGCACAGGCUGGGAUUCCUCUGGCGCAGGUGGAGACUCUGCUGGAGGUGCAGGUGGAUGUGGAGCAGGACUACAGCCAGCAGCUGCACUGGCUCCUGGAGGCACCUGAGGACAGACGGGGGUACUUGGAGCAGCCCAUUGAAAAAGUGCUGCCACUGCCUCGGCUCAUCCCUCCCUCCUUCAGAGGGAAGUCAUGGGCACAGAUCGAAAAGGAAGACGAGGCCCGGGUGCUAAAACUGGUCCAGCAGUUCCAGACGGGAGUCCGAACCUGCUACUUCGACACAGAGUCACUGGCUAGGUACGGAUGUCACGGCUACAAGAAGGAGACCGAGCCUGACCUGCUGCCAUUAUUUGAGCAUGACGUCGAGAUUGAGGUUAAGAAGAGGCGGGACUUCAGCAGGGCAGCCAGAUGUCAAGUUGUGAAACUGAGUAGAGCCACUCAGACACUGCACGUGUCAUGUCCUGCAGUAGCCAAGCCCCCUGAGGCUCUCCCCUCUAAUGAGCCCACCUCUGAGGCCCCGCCCCCACAGACCCCUGUCCCUGAUCAGCCGUUACUCUCAGGGGUUUUACCAGAAAAGUACACUUCAUUGUUGUGUGCUCUUCAGCGCCAGACUUCCAUGCUGUAUUUACUCUGCUCCACCCAUGGCCACACCUCCCAUGGAUCAGACCCUGGUCCAUCGCCUCGGCGACGGCGGCGUCCUACUCGUCCUCUGGGGUCAAAGGUCACAUACAGACGUCUGCCGUUAAUGCCUUUCACAGUAAAACCCUUUUCUGUCAAAUCUUUCCCAGUGAAGCCGCGCUGUGUGCGGCAGCUCUUCCGUAGCCUGAGCCCAGAGCUCAACACAGGCCCCGCCCCCAAAGUAGUCCCCGCAACCACACCCCGAAGAGAGGGGCUCCGCAGCCGGCCCCACACUUGACCCGACCAAAAGCUGCCUGCCCCACAUAUGACACGACCAAAAGCUGCCCGCCCCACGUGACUGGAUUCCAUGCCUGACGACCCAAACGUGUCCUCAUUACACAGAGGACCUCAACAUCUCCAGGCCUGUCUCAGUGCCUCAUCUCAAAAUGUCUAAUAUAAGAGUCAAAUUAUACAUUAACUGAUUUAUAUUUAUUGUUGAAAUCAGAAGGAGAACUCUUUUUACUGUUCAGGGACAAAAGGAAAGAGGAAAGAACAGGACUAUUAUAGAGCUCCUGCAGUUAUUGUUGUGCAGUCUGGCGUACAGCUCCAAACCCCACCCGGGCUCCGAACCCCACCCGGGCUCCAAACCCCACCCGGGCUCCACCCUUGUCUCAUAGCGAUUCAAAAACUGUAAGUGCGUGUACUGUCAUUAGCAUUAUAGUGUAUUAAGGAGGCAGAGAGAGGAGUCUGAAGAGAUCCCAAAGAUUGUUGCUAAACGUGUUGAUUAUAUAAAAUAAAA